UAUUAUUAUACCGUGAGCCUGGCUGGUACGAAGUAGCUAUUUUAGUCAUUGAUUAUCAGCGAACCGAUAAGCGGUUUUUUGUAGGCAUAUAUUAGUGGAUAUUCGUUGGGUUAUAUUAUGGAUAUGAAGUUAUUGGUAUUUCUAUUAUUUCUAUAUGGUAAUAUAAUUCCCAUAAUGUGCAUGAUAAUACCGGGAACCGAUGCUGAAGCUAUUCAAAUGAUGUCUUCACAAAGAGCUCGUCGGCAAAUUGAUAUAAAUUUGUCAGCUGAACAUGAUGAGAAUAACGACGAAACAGAAAUUGCUCUAGAAGCUAUAGCUAAUUUGUGGCGUAGUGCUGAUAGCAAAACACAGAUCGAAGGGUCAGCUAAAGUGACACACAAUAGCAAUUCCAUGAAUUCCGGAAAUACACGUUUUUCAGGACGUUUACAUGUUCAUCACGACUAUAGGAAAAAGUGAUUUUGUAAAAAUUAUCGUUUCCAAAUUCUCGUAAAAGUUUGCAUGAUAAUUUAAAAAAUAAUAGUAUAUACACAUAUGUAUGUAUGUAUUUAUGUCAAAUUGUCUUCACCGUUAUCAAUAAAGAGAUAAGAUGUUCUACAUAACGUAAACACAUCUCUUAUACAUAAUUGUCCGAUGGCCUCUCAAUCUAACAGUGUGUGAUUUGAAUUAGUUGGAUAUCAUAGAAAAACAAUGAGAGGACUAACGUCACCAUAUAUUCUUAUAUUAAUGCUGAUGUAUUCUGCAGCAAUGUGUCAAAAGUUGUAUGACGAAAAACCACAUCUAGAGCAUCUUCAAAGAUAUCAUCGUCAACUGGAUCUAACAUUAAGCGCUGAUCAUGACAG